AUGGCGGGAGGCACAGUCUUUUCGAAAAUUGACUUGCUUCAGGCAUAUUUGCAAUUAGAGGUUCGACCACAGGACAGAGAAUUAAUCACUCUAAAUACUCAUAGGGGAUUGUAUAGGCCUACACGCCUUAUGUAUGGUGUUGCGUCAGCACCAGCAAUUUGGCAACGAACUAUCGAGAAUAUUUUAAAAGAUAUUCCGGGAGUCGCAGUAUUUCUAGAUGAUAUACGUGUUUCGGGUACAAACAUGCAAGAUCAUUUGGUUAAAUUACAACAAGUCUUUGAACGCUUACAUAAAUAUAAUAUCCGUAUUAACUUCUCGAAGAGCCAAUUUCUAAUGAAUGAAAUUCACUAUUGCGGGUAUGUUAUUGAUAAAAACGGGUUGAGAAAAGAAGCAGACAAGGUAGAAGCCAUUUCUAAAAUGCGCAGACCUUCGGAUAUUACCGAGUUGAGAAGUUUUCUCGGCAUGAUACACUACUAUGACCGGUUUAUUCCAAACCUAAGUUCAGUACUACAACCGUUAAAUAAUUUAUUAAAAAAGGGGACUAAAUUUCAUUGGUCGGAAGCCUGUGAAAGAAGUUUUCAGGCCGCAAAGAAGGCUUUCCAAAGUCCUAAAUGCUUGGUGCAUUUUGAUCCAAGGUUACCAAUAACCUUAGCGACUGAUGCCAGUCCGUAUGGCGUCGGCGCGGUAUUAUCGCAUGUAUAUCCGGACGGGUCAGAACGUGUGAUACAAUACGCUUCACAAACGUUGACUAGAACUCAACAAUCUUAUUCCCAAAUUGAUAAAGAAGCAUACGCGAUUAUUUACGGGAUAAAGAAAUUUCAUCAGUACUUGCAUGGGGCAAAAUUCACGUUGAUCACAGAUCACAGACCUUUAACUCAGAUUUUUUCUCUAACGAAAAGUUUACCGUACCAUACAGCGGCAAGGAUGCAACAUUAUGCAUUGUUCCUUCAGGGUUUCAACUACGAUAUUAGAUAUCGGAAAUCGGAACAACACGCGAACGCAGAUUGUUUAUCGCGAUUGCCAAUACCGCGAAAUCCAGAUCAAUUAGAAUGUGAAACAAUAGAUGUGUUCCAAAAUUCAACUGUUGAGACUUUGCCAGUCACAGCAGAACAGGUAGCUAAAUUUACAGUUAAGGAUAAACAGUUAUCCAAACUUCUUAAUUUUCUUAAAACAGGUCAAGGUUAUUUUAAAAAUCAUAGAUUUUUUACAGUUCCUUUAGUAGAAUUUACUUUAUUAAAUGGUGUGAUAUUCAGAAAUCACAGAGUCGUAAUUCCAUUUCAAUUGCGAAAGCAAAUUCUUAGAGAACUGCAUGAAAGUCAUUUCGGUAUAGUUCGUAUGAAGCAUUUAGCUAGAGGAUACGUAUGGUGGAACCAAAUCGAUAAGGAUAUCGAAGAAAUUUCUAAAAAUUGCGCGAAUUGCAAUAGGUUUAAAAACGAUCCACCGAAAAUCAGUCAUUUAUGGGAACAAGCAGAAGUACCAUUUGAAAGAAUUCAUGCUGAUUUUGCAGGACCAUUUCUAGGUCAUAAUUUCCUAAUUCUUGUAGAUGCUUACACUAAGUGGCCAUUAAUUCACAUUGUUAAAGAUAUUAAAUCUGAUACGACAAUUUAUAUUUGUAGGCAAGUUUUUGCAACAUAUGGUUUGCCUAGGGUUUUCGUUACAGAUAACGGAAGAAGCUUUGUUUCGGAAGAAUUUGAAAAAUUCUUAAAAGCAAAUGGAAUUACGCACAGGCUCACUGCACCGUAUCAUCCAGCGACGAACGGGCAAGCAGAGCGUUACGUACAAACACUAAAGAAUAGUUUAAAGCAAAUGCAAAGUACACAUGCAACUGUACAGGCAGAUUUACAAAAAUUGUUAACGCAAUAUCGUAAUACACCACAUGCAGGCACGGGAAAAACACCUGCAGAAAUGCUAUUUGCAAGAAAACUAAGAACGCGUUUAGACUUAAGUAAACCGUUCGUUAGUAAACAUCACGCGCAACAUGCACCUAUUUCCUUCACGGAGGGAGAGAGGGUGAGUGCGAGGAAUUAUAAUAGUUCAGAUAAAUGGUUGUUCGGUAGAAUUUGUGAACGACUAGGUACACUACAUUAUAAGAUUAAAUUAGAUGACGGCAGAAUAUGGAAACGCCAUGUUAAUCAGUUAAGAAAGAUUGGCGAGAAUACACCGAGUAGUUCAGAAGACUAUUUAGAGUUAGAUUACGCUACGCCAGAGAUUGUACGCGGAAACAAUAAUGGUUGUGAGGAACACGUAAGUUCCAGUGAUAAUAGUACGCGUGAUAGUUUAAGUACAAGUGAUAGUUCUACGAUAAGAAAUAGUACAAAUAUUGCUAGUCCAGGUAACGAGACUGAUAUUACAGUAAGAAAUGCGAGCGGGAGUUCCGUGACAACUCCGACUGCACCGUCAUUUUCUCCUCUAUCUCAGAGUUUAGAUUCCUCAAUCUACUCAACGCCUAAAGGUUCCUUCCAGGCAAGUACGCCUAAACCUUCUCCUCCGUUAAAGUCUCCAUUGAAACCUAUUCCGGAGAAUCUCACUCCUAAGAGACCCUCACGUACGAUUCAGCAACCGUUGCGUUUGCGAGAUUGUCUGCGAGCGCGCAGACUGUCCGAGCAGUCUGCGAUUAGCGGAGCCCUACGAUUGGCUCAACGCGGUGGCACUGCAUGCGCGCAGAGCCACGUGACCGUACCGUUACGGGAAGAUGCUACCGGCUUCUCCCCGACUCGAGAGAGAACGUUCUGGACCACCGUACAAUCCAGACGCAGUACGCCUUGUUCCUUCGAGGAGGGGAGGAGAGUUAGUUGUCGUAAUUACGCGGGUAACGACAAAUGGUUAUUCGGUACUGUGACACGGCGAUUAGGUACGUUACAUUAUGAGGUACAAUUAGAUGACGGGCGUACAUGGAAGCGCCAUGUGAAUCAAAUGCGAUUGAUCGGUACUCAUACACCGAUUAAGCGAGAGGAGCAGGAAUUCGACGUUUCCGGUCCUCUAAGCGUUAGUGCAAAUUGCUCUAAGACUUUAGUUAGUUCGGAUGCUGGAUUACCUAGCGUCACAGAAAAUGUUUCGAGCAAUGUUACAGAUUCAACGAUUACGGCCUCUGAAGGGCCGGUUACUCCUAUUACAAUUACGGCCUCGUUAAGGCAAGAUUCUUCGAGUUCUCCUUCUACGUCCCCGUCUGGGACAUUAGUGACUUCGACGCCGUUACAGUCGCCGGAGGAUUCGGAGACUUCAAUUUUCGUGACUCCGCAAACUUCGAGACCUGUACGUACCAGGAAGCUACCGUUGCAUCUCAAAGAUUAUGUGGUUUUUAAAGAUUUAGAUUAA